GGGUAAUAGAUGUAAUAACAACGAAGGUGGCAAUGUGUUUUGGACUAAUUUAGAAUAUAUAGCGAGAUUCGCCACAUAAUCAGCUGAUUCGCACAUCAACUCCUCUCCGCUUUCUGUUAUCUACGCCCCGCAGCUAUAUUUGGGCGCUUUGGCACCAGUUGCUGCCGCACCUAGUCGCUAGAAACACACCACAAUGCAGUCGUUACGUACACACUCACGAGCUUUAAAGCUGCCCAUAGUCUACGCCGCUUUGCUGCUACUCUGCUGUCUACUUGUUGAGGGCUCCCCCGCGCCGAGCAAAGAAGCAAUUAGUACGGUAAAUGCUACAACAGCUGACAGCAGCAACUACAACUGCCCAGCUGAUUGUCAAUGCGUUCUGGCGCAAAACACACACACACCACUGCUGCACGCGAAAUGCACCAGUUUGGAGGGUCUCCGUUUAUACGAAGCCAAGGAAUCCUCACUGCCCAUACACUCGCUGGACUUGUCCUACUUGAAUUUGAAACGCUUGUCACAUCCGCUGGAGAAGCUACCCAGCGUCACAUCGAUAGAUCUGUCGCACAAUGACCUCCACGAAUUCGGACAUUUGGGACGUCGCAUUAAGAAGCUGAACCUCAAACACAAUCGCAUAACAUCGAGCAAAUUGACCAAACUGCCGGCGCAUGUGCAAGUUUUGAAUCUACAGCAUAAUGACAUCACAUAUUUGCCGCUGAACUUGACACAUCUGUCCAAUUUAAUGACACUUGAAUUGAGUCACAAUCAAAUUAAUUGCUCCUGCGAAACAUUGGAGGUGCGCAACUGGCUGCAAGAGCGCAACGUUUUUAUGGAACAUGCCGUCACCUGUACAUAUCCCGUUGAAGUUAAAGGUAAGUCGUGGUUGCAGGUCAAACAGUCGGACAUUUGUGAGCACGAGAAGAAUGGACGCCUCAACGAUGAGGAGGAUAAUGAGCUGAUGAUGGGCGAUCAGCCAGUUGAGGGUUCCGGUGAUCAAGACGAUGAGGAUGAGUUGGGUAAAGCAUUCAUGCCAAUCGAAAAAUCAAGCACUGCGAAAAAUAGUGUGGCACAGCUCGAUACUGUCGAGGGUUCGGGUGAUUUGAGUGAUGUCAAUGCGCCUGUGAACUUAGCCAUAACUACCGUUUUGCCAGCUGUGGAGAGUUCGCAAGAACAUGUUACAACCGAUGCGCCACCGCUACCCAUCGAACAGGAGGAAGAUGAGGAUGAUGGUUCCGGCAGCGGUGGUGGCAUGCUCAUCAUCAAUCCCAGUAUUGCACGCGAAAGUUCAUUUUUAGAUGAUUUCGACACACCCGAUGAGGAUGACACCGAUGACAAAUUCGACAAUAAACCGGUGGAGAAGCCCAAAUCUGAGGAGGAAGAGGAGGAUGACCACAAGGUGGCAGCUGACAUUUUCGGCGCCGGUAUGGGCAUAUUCGAUACCGACGAGAAUGCUGAGAAAACUGCAGAGCCAGUUACCGAGGAAGCCAUUGUACCGGUUGUACAUCACAACGUUGAGGCAGAAGAUGUACCUAAUAUAAAUACCGAAGGUGCCACAAAUGGUGAACCUAGCGCCAUACAGACCGCAAAUGUAGGUGGUGAACAGAAGGACGACAGCAAAGCGACAUAUUUGCUGUUGGGCGUGCUUGGCUUCAUUGUUGUCGGCUUGAUACUCUAUGUAGGUAUCAAGCGUUGCAAGAACAGUCAUAAUGCCGCACACGAUGCUGAAAAUCCACGCCAAACCGAAUUACUCGAUAUGGAUAAAAAGAAUUUGGGCAAACCGUUGCGUAAUGGCAACGAACAUUCGCCACUCAUUGGCGAUCAAACCAAAUCUGAUCUCGCGAAACCGAUAAAUGGCACCGGACAAAAGAAACCCUACGAUGCGAACGAUGUAAAAGAUGGUCCCGCCCAACAACAACCACUGCUGAACGGCAGCAAUGGCACAUCGCCAAACGAUGAAGUGAGCAAAGAGCAGGCAGCACCUGUGACCGAAGCGUCCGCACCGCAUGAAUACCAUCCGAUCACGCCGCGCUACCCCACACCGAAGUCGCCACGUGCCUCCAAAUAUGCACAAUACCCGCAGGAGGGUGCCGAGCACAACAACAACAACAAUGAUGAUAGUUAUCUGCCUUCGUCGCCGAAAUUAGGCCGUUACUCGCCGGUGUAUUCACCAGAAACGGGACGCGUCAAAAUCAAGCUGACCGAAACACCUCGCCCCAAAACACCAAUGUUGGUUACGCGCAGCAAAUCGAACGCGGGCGAUAUCAUAACGACGCCUGUAGCGGCAACGAACGGCAUUGAUAACAAUACGCUAACUGUGCCCGGCGUGCAUGCGCCCACAGCGACGCUGGUAAAUGGCCACUAAGCGGUGUGGUGUGGCGCGAUGCGUUGCGUUGAAAAGUGUGCGACGUGCCGUACACGAGACGCUGCCGCUCGCGUCAAAACGGUGCUAAACGAACUAAAAGCUACUAAAUUAAAAGUUUAAACAAAUACCAACAACAAAAACAAAAAACUAACAUCUUGCAGCGCAAAUUGUAUAACAAAAGACUUCGAAAUGAAUUCGUAUGCAAUUCUGGUAGAAAGAAAGGGUUUGGUGGUUUUCAGUUGUCUAGUUUGAAAAGUGUUGGAGUAACGGCUUACUGGUGUUGUGCGCGCUUAGAGUUUGAGUUUAAGUAGCUGGUUCCAGCAACAUUUUCUGCAGUUUCGGCAUUUUUCGGCACACGCUCGGCGCUUGAGUUUUGCUAGCGUUUUUAUGAAAGCUUAGUAUAUGUAGCAAUAAUUUUCCAAUAAAUACUACAGAAACCAA